GCUGCAGAGAGAGGGCUGCAGCUGGAGUUACAUGGUGUUUGGUACGCUGCCAGCGAAAGGAGGAACUACAAUCCCCAUGCCUCUAUCAGCUGUAUAGCUUAGCUCUCACCGCUGGUGUGUGCAGAAACCUCAGCUGUCACAACUGAACAGAAAACAAUGCCAGGGGAUAAAGAGAAUGCAUUGAGAAUUGCAAAGAGGAGGGCAAGAGCAAUGGUUUCAUCCAGCCCAGAUAAAGUUGUGGGACGACCUCUUUAAAGGAUUGCAAGUGAAUGAACCCAUGUGGGCUUGUGUGGGUACACACAGAGAGUUCGGCGUUGUCUGGAUGUGGAAUAUUAACCCUCUCAUUUAUAUUGGGAACUUUGGAGAGUGAGGAAAAAAAAAUAGGAAUUUAUUUUUGGACUUGUUUUAUAAUAUAUACAGAUGGCAACAUAUUAUAUCCAUUAUGUUUUGGGGAUGAUGGUGGCAAUAAAUGAUAUACUGGUGGGAGCUCAGGUUUAUUCUGGAGACACAGUUACUGCUGAGGAACAGAUAUAUAUUUUGCUGAAAGCGAAAGUACAAUGUGAAUUAAAUAUAUCAGUCCAGCUGCAGGAAGAAGUUGCAGAAGGAAUCUGUUUGCCUGAAUGGGAUGGUUUGGUUUGCUGGCCGAGAGGAACACCAGGGAAAAUUCUUGCUGUGGGUUGUCCACCGUACGUGUAUGAUUUUAAUCACAGAGGAAUGGUCUAUAGAAGGUGCAAUGUCAAUGGAACAUGGGACUUUGUGCUAAACUACAACCGAUCAUUUUCCAACUAUUCAGAAUGUAUUCGCUUCAUGGAGCCCGAAAUGAGCCAUAGCAGAAGGGAGUUCUUUGAACGGCUUUAUGUAAUGUACACGGUUGGAUAUUCCAUUUCAUUUUGCUCCUUAACCGUGGCUAUAUUCAUCAUUGGUUACUUCAGGAGAUUGCACUGUACCAGGAACUACAUCCACAUGCAUCUAUUUGUCUCGUUCAUGCUGAGAGCUGCCAGCAUUUUCAUUAAGGACAGAGUGGUUCACACUCACAUAGGCAUAAAGGAACUAGAUGCAAUGCUUCUGGGGGACCUACGGAGCAUCAUGGUUGCUCCUGUACUGGAUAAAUCACAAUAUGUUGGAUGUAAGAUUGCCGUCGUAAUGUUUAUUUAUUUUUUGGCUACAAAUUAUUACUGGAUUCUGGUGGAAGGACUCUACCUGCACAGCUUGAUAUUCGUAGCAUUCUUUUCAGACACUAGAUACUUAUGGGGUUUCACACUCAUAGGUUGGGGUUUUCCAGCCAUGUUUGUAGUAGUGUGGGCCGUGGUACGGGCAUCUUUAGCAGAUGCAAGAUGCUGGGAACUGAGCGCCGGAGAAAUCAAAUGGAUUUACCAGGCACCUAUAUUAGCUGCUAUUGGGUUAAAUUUUGUCCUGUUCCUGAACACGGUGCGGGUUCUUGCAACAAAAAUCUGGGAAUCAAAUGCAGUUGGCUAUGAUGCCAGAAAACAAUACAGGAAACUGGCAAAAUCCACGCUGGUACUUAUCUUAGUGUUUGGUGUCCAUUACAUUGUAUUUGUGUGCCUGCCGCACACAUUUACUGGUCUUGCCUGGGAGAUUCGGAUGCACUUUGAACUAUUCUUCAACUCAUUUCAGGGUUUCUUUGUCUCAAUAAUCUAUUGUUACUGCAACGGUGAGGUUCAGACAGAGAUUAAGAAAACCUGGACUAGAUGGAACCUUGCCUUUGACUGGAAGAGCACAACACACUGUGGUAACUUCAGGUACGGUUCCGUCCUGACAAACAUGACGCAAAGCACAAGCAGCCAGUCACAAAUGGUAACCAGCUCUCGCAUGAUACUGAUCUCCGGUAAAGUCAGUCGAAGUGUUGGCAAACAAGUUGACGGGCACAUGAAUUUGCCUGGGUAUGUCAGAAGUAAUUCCGAUCAAGACUGUUUGCCGCAGUGGAUCCAGGAAGAGGCCAACGAGGAGGAGAAGCAGGUGGACGAUAUAUCUCUGAAAGAAACACUACGGCCAGUGCAAGUGAGCACAGCGGCAGAGGUCAACAGGAAUGUGCUAGAAGAAACAUUGUAAUUGACUGCAUCAAAAUGCGGUCCUUAGGAUUUUUAACCUAAAACGGGUAGACCUUUUUUUUUCAUACUGACAGUUUGCCUUCUUAUGAUCAUUUCAGCAUGAUUCAGUAACGAAGGAGCAUUUGCAAAGACUGAUAUUGAGCACAAGAAAGAAUGUGGAAAAGUGUUUCUCAAGACAUCAUAUUAGAGGGAACCCAAAAUGUAAAGUCGCUACUGUAGGUCAUACGUACAGCAGCUUAGAAUACACUAUUCUCUCUGUCAGCAUUGUAAAGGGAAAAUAUGUGCUACAUAUAAAUAGCUCUAUAACAUUGGUUGAAAUGUUAAGUUCAGUUUACAUUGUUGUAUUUUCAAAGCUUUAAAUAAAAUGUAAUUAAUACUUCAUUAACACUAUUUUUGAAAACAUAGAUUAAAUUAAUAAUGUCGAAGGGCUCCGAAAGAUGGGUAACCUUGAUUGAACGGAAGAGACAUAUCAAAACUUGGAGAGAGAUAAAGUGGGGAGAAGACCAAGUGCCAGUGAAUCCCACCUUAAGAUGUUUGGCAGCGUUUAGAGUGGCAGUUGGUAGUGGCUCGCCUAAUUGAAUUUUAGAUUGUGCUGUAACCCAAAUUCUGGAGCUUCCACUAUCAAUCAGCUCCUAAUUUCCAUGUUACAGGCUGUUGGAAAAUUUACAUUUAGGAGCUGAUUGGUUGGUACAUUAUCUCUCUUCACUUUAUCUCUCUUCAAAGUUUUAGACACCUCCCCUUAGAUCUUUAUGGAAAAAAAUAUACAUUAAUUAAAAGAAUCAAUCAAUAAAAACAUAAUAAAAUAAAAACCUUAAUAUCUCAGGGCAAAAUUACACUGGAAACGUAAAUACCGGAAUGUAACUUGGAUAGCUUGGUUGCAAUAUAGAGUAAGAGUUCUAAUUUAAUUCAUAUAGAUAACAGAAUACCCACAAACCAUAUGAUACCAUUGCUGUCCCUUCAUAAAUGGUAAAUACAAUUUUAAUGCAAACAUCCCAGCUUUGCAGUUACAGUACAUCUCUGCAACAUAAAUAUGGAAGGAACAACUUAUUAAAAGAAUAACAUGUUAAAAUUAGAGGUGAACAGUUUGGUUUUGUUGAAAACUGAACACACACUAAAUUUGGGGAUCUGAGUAGAACCGAGUUUGGAUCAAUUUUGAGGGUCUGAGUGAAUCGAGUCCUGAGUUGGGUUUUCCGUAGAUUUCAGAGCUUGGAUUAAAAAAAAAUGAAUUUUUGGGUUUUGGAUAGCAUGUAAGUCCCCCCCCCCCCCCCCCCCCUUGUGAUUUCAGGUGUCCAAAACCAAAACACUUGACUGUGGUUUAGCAAAACCAAAACAUGACGGUGAUUGAGAACCAAGACAAAGGGUCCACGCGCAUCUAAGAUUAAAAACGUGUUUCAUAUUCUAGAAUACAUGUCCUGUGUCCCAUUCCUGUAACAUACAUGGCCUAUUUCUCUCGGUUUCUACUUUAACACGUCUGAUAGCCCCCAGGUUCAUUCUGACGGUGAGCUGCUCCACUGUAUUGUGUUGGUCGGCCCUCACGCACCUUUGUAGCUGAUGCUCACCUCUCACGUCAAUGGCACGUGGUGCUUUGCAGUUUCCACGUUGGUUAUUUGCCAUGGUGCCAUUUACCAGUCACGGUACACCGUCACCACAGCAACAUGCAAACAGUUCACAAACUGCGCUGUGUCAGAGAUACUGCUAACCUUGGCCUGAAAGCCGAUAAUCAUCCCUUUUUGCAACUCGGAUAAAUCACCCCUUUUACCCAUAACAGCAACGAGUGUUAUGGGUGCAUACAGCCUGUCGUCCACCUUAUAUACCCACCAAGCCAGUGCAUGACACAUGACGUACUUCAUGGGCUACGCACUGCCGAUGUCAGAUGUAGGAGGUGGUCAUUAUAAUGUGACGCGACUGUGCGUAUACAGGUACUUGAUUAUUUUGUCACAUGACAAGAUAAUCACGUUGUGUGCCAAGCUAAGGGCAGGUGGCAGACUGAAAGAAAUCAGUAAGUCGGUAAAGGUCAGGAAAAUGGGAAAUCAAAGACAGGUUAAAAAAGAAGAAUCAACCAAAACAGCCAAUGCAUAAUAGGUUUCUCACAAGGCAGCAGAUAAUACAACAUCACUAAGGGGGGAGGGAUGUGUCAAGGCUUGGAGAGAGAUAAAGUGGAGAAGUUGCCCAAAGCAACCAAUCAGUUACUAACAGCGGAUCACUGUGCUUGAGCAGCGGCCAUCUGAGCAACCCUCAGUUUGAAAUCUGCAUUGGUAGACACAGACACUGGUCUUGGCACUCCCACAAAAUGGAGGUGAAAAUCCUCCAUUUUGGGAAAUGCUUCCAUUUGCCACACCCCUUCCCACCCCUCACAACCACAGCCUGUCAAUCAGGCUGCGUCUUAAGGGGCAAUGUGUCCAACGAUGCAGGAUCCAUUCUGCGCAAGCUCAGUACAGAAAACAUUGGAGAUGUACGUAAACCAUUGGGUUUGCAUACAGCUCUGAAUCAGCCAAGUUCAGAAAUAAUAAGUAAAUCAAAAAUGUUUACAUAAAACCACAACUUUGUGUCAAUCACGUGACAAAUACAAAACAUAGAGCAGUUGCAUACAUAUUUUUUUAGAUAUUGCUACUGACUGAGGGGCAUAUGUAUCAAAGCUUACAGAGAGAUAAAUUACCAAUCAACCAGCUUCUAACUGUCAUUUUUCAAACACAGCCAGUAACAUGGCAGUUAGGAGCUGAUUGGUUGGUACUAUACAGAUCCUCUCUCCACUUUAUCUCUCUGUAAGCUUUGAUAAAUAUGCCCCAUAGUCCCAUUAUAUUUGCAUUUGCAAAAGUGCACUAACAAAAGACCAGAUUUAUGUUUAUUAUAUAUAGCUAUAUUGAUACACAUAUUUAUCUAUAUAUAUUUAUGUAUAUAUAAAUAUAUAUAAUGUGCAUAUAGGUGUGUGUGUGUGUGUGUGUGUGUGUGUGUGUGUGUGUGUGUGUGUGUGUGUGUGUGUGUGUGUGUGUUUGCGUGUGUUAGUGAUGGCCAAUUGGUGGACCCAUAUAGAUCUGUCAGAUCAAGUUGGGAUCAUCAUGUCUGUAAUUAAAAAAAGAAUGUAAUUGAGGAAACAAUAUCGGUCUUCCCCAAGAUUGAUAUUAUUUUGGUACAGUUAGUGCAGCAGGAAAACCGUGCAUGUAAGUUAAGAUUAAAAAAACUUCCCACAUGGGCAGUGGGACAGGAGGUGCCAGGGAACGGUUAGGAUAUCACUGCUUACACAUUGUCAUUUUUGGAUCACUUCUACCAAUACUGUACAUCCUGUCUCAAAAAUCGUGAAGCAUCAGGCGUAAAUCUCAUUCUCUCUGAACUAUCAGGAAUCAGUGUUCAUCCCUAGCAUGUGUGUAUAUGUAUGGUGAAUUUUGUUAAUAAAAAUUAAUAAAAUGUUAAAAAAAUAUACCUUAGGAAGACAUGCUGUAUAUUGGGACAUUAAUGCUUAAUGCUAUGACCCUUAAUGCCAUUUUGAAUGAUUGUAAUGAACUAUUUUUUCUAUUAUUUAAUACCAUUUGAAGACACUUUAUUAAUAGCUACUUGCAAAAUAUCAUCUGCUGCUGCAUAUGUACUGUAGAUUUGUGCAAAUGUGCCUAUCUGUGUAUGUUUACACAUAAAUGGUGUCUUUCCAAAUGAUAUGUUUUGGCAUGUGGGAAAAUGGGAAUGGAAUUAUUGCAAAACUUCAGGUGCAUAUGAAAAUGAGAAAGGGGAAAAGUAUUUACAAAAUCACUUUAAAGUUCAGAGUAAUGAACUCCGAAUUUGGUACUGGCCUCUUAGAUAGUUUAAACAUUUUACUGUACUUCUUAGAGGCACCAAGACUGGGUUCAUUUUUCUUUUUGAAUAUACUGUAUGGCAAAUUAUGCACAGGGCCCCUGACAAAUUCUUGGCGAUGAAAUGCAUUAGGUGCCCUCCUUCCCUCUUUGUCUGGAGAUCUUGAUUAUCGCCCUGAUUCACAGCACCCACUCUGGGUCAUAUAAUGCUUUGUUGUCAUGCCACUUUCUUGUUGGCAUGACAACAAGCAGUUAUAUGACCCAGAGUGGAUGCUGUUAUCAUGCAGUGUUAGGGACCACCAGUAUCACAGAAACCUUGCCAAGGUCCGGUGGCUUAACCAUAUAUUUGCAAAAAUAUGUAACUAAGAUCUCUGAAUUUUCUAUUAUGUAGUAUUCAAUCAAAAGAAAUAUUUUCUGUGUGAGCGCACAGAAAGAAAUUUAUAUAUUUUGUUAUAUGCUGCUGGUUUAAUAAUUAAUUUAUUAAAAGACAUACAUUAGAUAGACAUUAACAAGAAAAUACAAUACAGUAAUAAAAUACAAUAAAAUCAAUAUAUAUCAGCUAUUGCUGGUUGGUUUUUAAUGGGUUAGUAAUCUGCAUGCAGUGCCGGCCAAUUAGUAGUUGGUUUGGAAAAAGCACAGUCUUUUAGUACAGUCCUUACUGAGAAAAUAUAUAGAGAGUCAGCUUUCUCCCUCCUGUGGGAUUUCACAAUAGUAUUGACUUUUGAGCUGCUACAAAACUCUCAGUUGGAAGUAACAAGAAAAAUCACAGUGUAGUAUUCAAUCAAGUCAUGGUGUGCUGGGGAAAACUUUUUAAUUUUUCUUGUUAAUAUAUAAAACCAUGCUGGGUAUGCCCUUAAAAAAUAGCAGCUUUACAUUUCGUAGCUAAAUCGGCAAAAAAUUGGCACUUUCGGUAAUGUAAAGAUGUUAUUAAACCUGGAGAAGUGAAAACGAAUUCAUAAAGCAGUGAUAAGUGCAAGGUGGUAACGCACCAGCCACUCAAUAUGUAAAUUAACAGUUAUGAGCUGAU